GUUGCGGAAAUAAAAAUGUAGUGACCCUGUAAUAAUUCUUGUACCGGAAAGUACUUUAACAAAAGUAAAAAAAAAGUAUGAAGAAAAAGUAAAUUUAAAGUAUACAGUGAUUGUUGGGGUUGAUUUAUUAUUGAAUACACCAGACAAAAGUGGUGUGCAAUCGUCAUUGUCGGCAAUAACAAAGUAGUGCUUCUUUUUUUUUUUUUGGAGUAUAUAUCAUCAUCAUAAAAUAAAACCAGAAAAGAAUGGAAGGUUAUCUCUCUGAUUGAUCCCGCAGUAAACAGGUGCAUUUCGAUUCAACGCCGAUUAAUGAGCGUUGUAUCGUCAAUUACGUGUAUAUUCAAAUAAAAAGUCAAAUAUACAUAUGCAAUAAAUCACAAUGAUUGUGUCUAAGAUGUGGUGCAGGUGUAAGUUUAUUUUAAUAUAAAAAAAAAAUAAAUAAAUAAAAAGGAGUGCAAAAUUACAGAGGUCGGGGUCGAGAACCUGUCUCUCUCAAGGGGAAACAUGAGUGUUUACAACGCGGUUACAGCGGCGGGUGUCGCGUCGCCUGAGGGUGCGGGCGAUUGGAUCGAAUUUUGUGACAGACACGCCCGCGCCUCAGCCUCCGACUUUGCCAAAGCUUUCUGUACCUAUGUAAGUCUCAACCUCCCCGAAAGCGCCAAGGCCACCCUCUCCCACAGGGAUUUUCUUAGGAAAUUUGUUGAGACCUUUUGCGAUCAUUUUGAAAGUGAAUACCUACGACGUAGUGCAAGUUCGCCAUCAGGAAGUGAAGUACGAACAGUAACAACUAAUGAAAAAGACACGAAUAAUACAACAAAUCAAAAUAAUAAAAUUCCAAUUAGAGCAUCGUCACAUGAGGAAUUUAGCGAUUAUUCAGAGCAGGAUGAAAAUGCCGUUUCACCAAAACCCGUUCAUAAACCAUUUUUUCGUCGACUUUCAUUUAAAGGUCUCAAAAAGGGUAAAGGUCUUUUUCACAAGCAACAAAGCGAUGAAGUUGAAUUAUCACAUAAUGAGAAUCGAAGGGAUAAACAUUCGAAGGCUAAACUUUCGAAAAUUGUUGUCGAAUGUAGAAAGGAAGGUGUCGUUAAUUCAUUAAUGGGCGAAAAUAUUGAUGGUACACAAAAAUGGGAAAAAUCACGUUUAGCGUUAAUAAAAGCAAUUGGAGGCUAUAUGUUAGAAUUUUAUUCACCGCCAAAAGCAGUAAAACCACGUAGUGGAGUAUUUUGUUCUGAUAUUGUUGAAGCACGUGAAACAACAGCAUUGGAGAUGCCCGAUCAUGAAAAUACAUUUGUUUUGAAAACAGAAAAAAUGGAAUUUGUCAUAGAGGCACACGAUUCAAAUGAUAUGAGAUCGUGGUUGGCGACAAUUAAAUAUUGUAUGCGUUCUGGUCUACAAGGAAUGAGUCAACAAAUUUCUGGUUCAAAUGAUACCACAGAUUCAGUUCAUGGUUCAAUGUCAAUGAAUAUUGAAGGUGAUAGAUUGAGAGCUAAUUCAGCAAGUAAAAGCUCACGUUCAAUGCAUGAUCAUGUUGAUGAACAGGGAAAUCCACCGGAAUUACCACCAAGACUCAGAACACGAAGUAAUAGUAAUUUAGAACUUUGUUCCUCUCAACAAGAAAUUGAACAAAUUCCAGGUAAUGAGGGGGAACUCGAUUUGUCAAGUAGUUUACGCGAAUAUCCCUGGUUUCAUGGGACUCUUCCACGUUCAGAUGCUGCACAAUUAGUUUUGCAUAGUGCCGCCAAUGGUCACGGUGUUUUUCUCGUUCGACAAAGUGAAACACGAAAGGGCGAAUUUGUUCUUACUUUUAAUUUUCAAGGAAGAGCAAAGCAUUUGCGAAUGACAUUGAACGAUCAAGGACAAUGUAGGGUUCAACAUUUAAGUUUUAAUGCAAUUUACGAAAUGCUUGAACAUUUUCGACAAAAUGCCAUACCAUUGGAAUCGGGUGGCACAGCGGAUGUAAUGCUGACUGAAUAUGUUGUCGCAAAUCCAAGCGGUAGAACAACACAUCACAGUGGAUCGGGAAUUAUUCAACAAUCGCAAGAAAGAAGGCCGGCAACUAUUCCGGAACCAAGAGAAGUAAGAGUCAGCAGCGGAAGUCUAACACCUCUUGAAUGAGCACGAGUGGCUGACUCAAAAUUUGAUCUACAGACAGUUCAAACUUAUGGUGGAUCUAUAAGAAUACGAGCAGAAUCUUUGGAACAAUUACAACAACAAAUUAGAGAACAUCCAAAUGUAAUUAAUAGUGGUAGAGCCGUACAAAAUGCCUACAGCUUUUUUUGACGCUGGGUUAAUAAUAAUCUGGCACCAGGAUAUCAUCCGGUUAGUCCUGCAGACUGAAUUUUUAAAUGUUUCAAAAGAUCACCUAAUUGUGUGUAGAUUUAAACAGAAAAAAUAUUAUAAACGCCCAGUGUCAUUCACUUCCAAUAUAAAAAAAAAAAAAUUAUAUUUAAUGACUGAUGUGUGAUAAAGACCACAAUAGCGUUUAGAAGAAAAGAGAGAGAUAUGCAAUUUUUAAAUUGCAUUAUAAUCAUCAUGGAAAAUGUGAAUUGUAUAAAUGAAGAUAUUUUUCUUUUUAAUUCCCUAUUUUUAAAAGAUGCACUUUAUUUUUUCACGGGAAAAAAAGUUUAUAAAUAUUAUUUACAAGUUUUUCGAUUGAUAAAAAAAUUUUAACUUUUCUUUUUAAAUAAUAUUCAAAGAAUAAAAAUACUCCAUUUUUUUUUUUGUUUGUAUAUAUAUACGAAAUUUUUUUUUUUAUUCGAAUAUACAAAUUUCUGUUUGAAAUCUUUUUUUUAUUAUUGUUAUUAAUAAUGAUGAAUCUUUAUCACAAAUUAUCAUUAAAUAGUGUAGAAAAAGUCCCAUUGCCUCUAAAUGAGAAAUUGUAACAGUGGUUUAAUUCGUAGAUUGAUUUUGUUUGUUGUAGAGUUUCAAACAAACAUUUACAUGAGAAAAAGUUAAAUUAUUGUUAUUUUUUUUUAAAUAAUUUUUAUUUAAAGCAAAUUGUUAAGCCUAAUAUUGAGAUUAUUGGAGUUUUUUUAUUAAAUCUUAAUUUUUAUUGGUGGUUUUUUUUUUUUAAUUAUGUGUCAUUUUUUUAGUUUUAUUUUUUGAUACAUUUUUGCCAUUAUUAUUUGACUUUUUUUUUGAAAAAGACAAGCAUUAGUCAUAUAGUAUUUUUUGUGACUGAAUCAUCGAUAUGUAAUGUAGACUCUUGUAGUCGUACAUAAAGCCAUUUUAAAAUUUUAAGAAAUUCCAUUUUCUACUGAUUGUAUAUAUUUUAAGAUAAAUAUUAUAUAUUAUAAUGGAUUUUUGUUUAUGAUUGUAAAAAUAGAAUUUUUAUACGAGAUUCAAUUGAAUUUAUAUAUCAAUGAAAUGAAGGCAGAAAAAUAAUUACUUUUUUUUGGAAUGGAAACAUUUUCAAUUUUUUAUUUUACGCGAAAGUACAUAUUAUUUAUAUUUAUGUAUUGAAUUUAUUAUUAAGUUUUUUUUAUUAUUAUUUUAUCAUAAAUUAGUUGAAUAUUCAAAAUUUUUAUUAUGUAUUUUAUAUUAUUUGGAUUAUUCCACUGUUGCAUCAGUAAAAUAAAAAAUUUUCAAGUAUAUAAGAAAGAUUUUUCUAAAUUUUAAUAAAAAAUUUAUUUAUAAUUUUAAGUUGAAUUUUAUUAAAGAAAAGAAGAUUAAUAUUAAUUAGUAUUUAAAAUUAUUUGAGAAUAAUUUAAGAUAACAAAAAAAAAGCAAAAAUAAUAAUUCAAAUAUUAAUAUUUUUAUUUUAAUAUUUAUUCAAGGAAAAAAAUGUUUAAUAAAUUCAAUUUUUUUUUAAUGUUGCUUGAGAUUUUAAAAGCACAAUGUUUUACUGCCUGCAUUCCCAAUUUUGUAAAUAUUAUUUUGAAACAGUGUACAUCUUAUCAAAAAAAGAAGGUACGCGUGCCUUUAAUGGCUCUUAUAAUUGUAAUUGUUGUACAGUACACAAUAAUUUUAUAUAAGAUUUUAAAGAAACGAAUGUCAUCGGUUAUUUUUAUAUUAUCAGAAUUCCAAUUGUUUUGCUUUUUUUAAGUUUUGAUGUUAAUGUUACGUAUUAUAAGAACGAUGUAUACAUAUGGUAAUUGUAACAAUAAUUAGUUUUGAUAUUCUGAAUUUUUAGAUAUAUUUGUACAGAAUACACGAAUGAUGAAGUGAAAAAAAUACUUUUAUACUCGAAAUACAUUAAAUGGCGCAUGUUUUAAGACAAAUUUUGUCGAAAUUUACGUGUUAAUGUAAAAAAAAAUAUCUUGACAUAAAAUAACGAAUUUUUCAAAAAAAUUGGAAAAUAACAUUUUUUAAAAAAUUAAACAUUGUUACAGGGAUCUAAUAAUUUCAAAAGUUACAUAAUUUAUGAAUAACGCUCAUAGUAAUUAUUUAAUUUAUUUGAAUCAUUUCUUUCUUCAAUUAUUUUGAGAAAAACAUUGUUUUUCUGGUUAUUGUCCAUAUUUUUAAAAAGAGAGUAUAGAAAAUAAAAUAUAAAGUAAAAAAAGGACCAUUUUGAAGAAAUUGCGAAUGAACGAAAAAAAUUACAUACAUGUGAUUAUGUAUUUUACAAAAAAAAAAAUCUCACGAUUUUUAAGCAGGCAGAGCCAUUUUGGUGUAAUAACUAUAUAUUUUACAUAAAUAUAAAAAAUGAUAAAAGGCUUUAAUAAAAGUAUUUUUAAUCAUAUUAUUGAGAAUAAUUAAAAGUUUCGUGAAAACAUUAAUUUAUACAAUGCGUAUAACAAAAAAUAUUUCAAGUUUUAUGGAAAUAUAAAUAUUUAUCUGAAAAAAUGAGAUAUUUCGUUUAAUACCGAUUUUCAAAAAAGCUUAAAUUGUUAAUUAUUCUCUAAUGCUCUACCUGAGUAUAUAAACUCAUCAAGUAUACUAUAAAUAAAGUGAAAUUCAUGUACAGUUCUAUCUAGUCUAAAUAAAAUACAAUUUUGUGAAAUAAAUUAAUCUCUUAUUAUUACAUUAAACUAGUAUAAAAAAUAUAGUUAUAUGUUCAUUAUAUUUAAUUGUCAUGAGAAUUUAUAAAAUUUAAUCGUUAUCCACAAUUGAUGACAU